CGCUGCUUCAUGUGGUUUUUUCUUUUCUGGGGAAGGCUCGCCGAGGGAGUGCGCCUGACGUGGCGUCUUGCGGCCGAGCUAUGGCUCCGAGUUCUCUUUCUAACCUUUGUUCUUGUGCUUUGAUUCUGCAAUUGCUUCCUCAAGUUAUUUAGUUGUACUUUUCGUCUCGUGUUGUUUUACACCAUUUCUAUUGUAGCAGGAAUUUGAGCAAAGUAUGGCUACAGAGGAGAGACCAGAUGUCGGGCAGAAUGCAAGGCAGAUUCGGGCCUCAGUCCUUCACGGCGCAAAGGAUCUCAGAAUUGAAACCCGUUCUCUCUUCCCUCCAGGUCCCACGGACCUCCAAAUCGCCGUCCGCGCAACCGGCCUCUGCGGUUCCGACCUGCACUACUACCGGCACUAUCGGAAUGGGGACAUCAUCGUCCACGAGCCCAUGUCAUUGGGCCAUGAAUCCGCCGGGAUUGUAGUGGACGUCGGUUCGGAAGUCAAGAACUUCAAAGUUGGAGACAAGGUUGCGCUCGAAGUUGGCUUGCCGUGUGAGCAGUGCGAUAGGUGUAAAGAAGGAAGGUACAAUAUCUGCAAAGGCAUGAACUUUAGGAGUAGCGCGAAGGCAUUUCCACAUGCGCAGGGAACGCUCCAGGAUCGGAUCAACCAUCCGGCGGCGUGGUGUCAUAAGCUUCCGGAUGAUGUAUCGCUCGAACUUGGGGCACUUCUGGAACCUUUAGGUGUUGCGAUUCAAGCGUCGAAACGAGCGCAGCUCCCGGCAGGCUCAAUAGUGCUCGUAUUUGGAGCCGGUGCAGUCGGCCUCCUAGUCGCAGCAAUGGCGAAGAUCUCCGGCGCUGGUACAGUGAUAAUAGCGGAUAUCGACGCUGGACGGGUAAACUUUGCUGUAGAGAAUAAGUUUGCACACCGAGGGUUCAUUGUGCCGCUGAAGCGGGGGAAUACGAUAGAAGAAAACCUUGAGAUCGCGAAAGAGACGGCUGCGGAGAUUGGGAAGAUUUCGAAAGUGAGCGGCGGGCCGGUGGGGGAGGUAGAUGCGGUGUUUGAGUGCACUGGCGUGCCGUCAUGCGUACAGGCCUCCAUAUAUGUGACGCGAAACGGAGGCAAGGUACUGCUGAUCGGUAUGGGCACUCCCAUUCAAACGCUCCCCAUCUCUGCCGCGGCUCUGCGUGAAGUCGACAUCAUGGGCGUCUUCCGCUACGCGAACACGUAUCCCACUGGUGUCGAGGUCGUGUCGAAGAAAGGACCGGACUAUCCAGACUUUUCGAAGCUCGUAACGCACAGAUAUAAAGGCCUUGAGUCCGCGGAGGAGGCAUUUGAUAUGGCUGGGAAGACGAAGGACGAUAAAGGGAACUUGGUUAUCAAGGUCGUGUUGGAGACUGGUGAGGAGAAAGCGAAUCUGUAAAUGUCCGAGACGGAUGGCGUUUGGGGUUGCAAAAUCUGAGGGAGUCCAUUAGAUUGAGAGUUAGAGCCGCCUUACGCAAUGUACAAGAUUGCUGCUGC